GGAUCUCCCACUUCCCUCACCAGACAUCAGCCAGCAACACAGGCGAGCGCAGCUCUCCCGCUCCCACUCACACGCCGCCGUCUCUCCCUGCAGCUGCAACGCAUCCAAGAGACCACCGAGAGACCACCGAGAGACCACAACAACACCUGCACCUCAGACGCCAGUCCAAAUCGAGUUGCGCUCCGAGAGGAUCCCGCCAGGAGACAAAUAACAAACAACCGCUGCAGAGAGAGAGAAAAAAAAGGGAAAAUACGGCUUUAUUGAGAACAUAAAAGUCCCCGAGCAAGACUUUUGUCUGCUUCUUCUUUGCGUUGGUGAUCCUUUUUUUCCCCGUCGUGCCACAAUGUCCGAAGUGCUGCCAUACAACGAGGGUAAAAUGAGCGGCUACGGGGCAGAUAGCGAGGUCAACCAGAUGUCCUACAGCUGCGGACUGCAGGACACGAGCGCCUUCUUCUCUGCGUCGCAGGCCAAGAGACCCCCGAAGCUCGGACAGAUCGGCCGAGCCAAGCGAGUGGUCAUCGAGGACGACCGAAUAGACGACGUCCUGAAGGGGAUGGCGGACAAGUCUUCACCGGGCGUUUAAACGUGAGCGAUGCCUUGCAGACUUUUUAUUUUUGAUCACCGAUUUGAAGCACUUGUCGGCUGUGCAUGUUCGAGGAU